GGACGCGUCAAAAGAUGUCUCUCGGUUUAACUUUUGGGAUUUUCAGCUUUGGCCUUUGAUUUGCUACGAACCACUCCCUACUAUGAAGUCAAAGAGAAAAAGAUCCGCAUGCGAUGACGAGCCAGGUUGGGACUAUUCAACUGCAUCACUGCCGGUAAAGAAACAGGGAGUUGCACCCCUCGCCAUUGAUCUCACCGCAGACCUGUCAUCGUCCUCUCCAGAGCAACUGAGCAGAAAACUCGGCCCUGUUCCUAGGCGAGUCGAUUCUGGUGCCGUUAUCCCGGAAUCGACGUACACGAGGAGGCAACACACUCCACAGGAUGGUCUCUCUGCGCUAGACGCCAUUAGUGAAGAAGUUUUUGAUGAUGAUCCCUCAAUUUCUUUUCGACGAGCAACUCACGCCAAUAAGUCGAAAAUGAAGUACUAUGCUGUGGCUGAGGGGCGCAAUUCGGGUAUUUAUACGGACUGGCCCAGUGCAGAACAGCAAAUCAGAGGCUACAGCGGCGCGGUAUACAAGAGCUUCCGGACUCAUGAGGAAGCAGAAGACUUCAUCAAUAGCCACGAACGAGUGCGAACUGCACGGCAUUCUAAUUCAUUUAUUGAAAAGUAUGAGAGCCGCAUGGAAUCAAAGCAGCAGAACAUAUUCGUGCGGGGAGCAAGGCCUGCUCCACAAGCAGUAAUCAAGAUACGGGACGAGAUGAUACGUGACACUGGUAGCAACUUAUAUCGUUCCCCCAAUACGCCGGCCGAGUCAAGCAGCGCCUUUGCAUCUGCAACUCUAGCAAAAGCUUCGAUCCAUGUUUCGCCCGCGCAGAUGGGAGGUGAGGUCAAAACCGAGCCUGAACUAUGCCAGGAGCAGCGAGAUCUAGUCAAUCUUAUACUCUCUGGCAGAAAUGUAUUCUACACGGGUUCUGCAGGUUGCGGUAAGUCUACUGUUUUGAAAGCGUUUGUCAAGGAGCUUAAGGAAAUCGGACGAAAUGUGGUCAUAGUGGCACCAACAGGCAAGGCUGCUCUCGAAAUCAACGGCUCGACAUACUUCACAUUCGCUGGUUGGACACCAGAUCAUUUUAAAAAGCCGCUGAAGAAGUUAAGGGAGGGUGCACAUCAAAAAUUUGUCAACAAACGUAUGCGUGCCGUUGACGUUCUGGUCAUUGACGAGAUAUCGAUGAUGGAAAACCAUGCGUUUGAGCGGCUCAACGAAGUCAUGAAAGAAGCUCGAGGCUCAGAUAAGGCUUUCGGAGGCGUUCAGAUGGUCGUGACGGGAGAUUUUUGUCAACUGCCUCCAGUCAAGCCUUUUAGAAAUUGUAUUGAAUGUGGACAGGACACUCGAGAACGAGACGGUGGAACUGUUUUCACAUGUCCGAAGCACGGAGACUAUCUAGAGAAUGACAAAUGGGCCUUCAAGAGUCGCGCCUGGACGGAAUGCAAUUUCGCCCACGUCAACCUAACAACAAUCCAUCGACAAAAGGACCGCAAGUUUAUCGACAUUCUUGAACGGUGCCGCAUGGGCAGGCAGCUAAAGCAGUGUGAGAGAGAUUUGCUUCUGAAUCACCCCAGCGAGGUCGGCCAAGCCGUCCGACUGUUCUCCACUCGUGAGGAAGUUCGACAGUUAAAUUACAAGGAGUACAGCAAGUUGCAAACGGAGCCAAGGGCGUUCAAGUGUUAUGACGAUAUCCAGGUUCGAGAGGCACAUCCCCACCUGAAAUUCAAAGCAACGAGGCUCCCAGAUGGAAGCCUUGCUGCGUUGAAGGAACAAAAAUUUGAGACCCAUGUGGAACUAAGGGAGGGCAUGCGGGUCGUGUUGCAGGUCAAUCUCAACAUCGAUGCCGGGCUGGUGAAUGGAUCCCAGGGUAUUGUCAUCGGUUGGGAACCUUACGACGAGACCAAGCUGCCAAAGGCUGACAGGUCGCGAAUCAUGUCGACUCCGAUGAAUGCGAUCAUGGGCGAACACGCCGCGUACCGCGAGGCGCACAUCCAAGCUUUUAUAGAUGCUGCGCAAGUCAAGGAGUGGCCCGUAGUUCGCUUUGAAAAUGGGGUGGAGCGGACUAUCUACGCAGAAUGUAUAGUGUCAGAGUUGGGCGACACCGAACCGUACACGAUCAUGUCCAGAACCCAGAUUCCUCUGCUAGCCGGAUGGGCUAUGACGGUCCACAAGGCUCAGGGUAUGACGCUCAUGAAAGUGGAGGUAGACCUUGGGAAGGCCUUUGAGGAGGGCCAGAUGUACGUUGCGCUCUCGAGAGCUCGUUCCUUGGACGGGCUGAAAGUCCGCAGCCUUGGUCAGUGGUUGGGCGGUGGCAACGAUCAAGUGAUGCAAUUUUUGAACGAAAAAUUUGGCCCAGGUGCGUGAUGUAGAUUAUCUUGGAAGAGAAUUGGAUGCUAAGAUGCGAUUGAUCGAGCAAUUUUAGCUGUAGAGUCUCACCUAUACUGUACGUGUUGAACCCUUGCUGGGAGGCAAGCGGGCUUUGACUGGCGUUACCGAAAACAAAGGCGUGCUUCAUAGCAGCGGAGCACAUCAUCUCUCUGGGGCCUAAUGACAAGGCUUAAACACGUUAGACGACGUCACAUCAUUCUGCGAUGGUUGUAGCUGUCCAUGUUCACGUGAUUGGUGGUUUUACUCCCAAGGAAGAGUCUCGGGGAACACUUGCUCCCGGCCUUGGUAGAGUAACAAUCGUUGAACGACCGGCUCUAGGCCCUCUGCCAGCUCUGAAUUCUUUCCCUCCUUCCAUCCCCUCGCCUUACGCUUGCUCGAAAGCACAGAUGCGGUGCCGUACAAGUCCGUUUCCCAGGGUCCGAAUCCGUUUCGUUUCUCACCAGCUUCCGUCGACUCGAGCUCGGCGACUGCGCAGUGAUCAGUACAAUUAAGAGAUCAUCAAGGCCUCCUGCUGGAAGUCACGAAAAGCGCAUUGGGAAAGAAAGGAUGAACGGACUAUGAUGUUGAAAAAUAUCAUCUUUGCAAACUUGACGUGCUUGUGACAGGGUGACGACUGAGUGCAUACGGAGGCUGG